AUCAAACAAAAAGGAUCCAUCAUUCGCAUCAUACCUCCGUUGAGGUACCAAACAAAAUAAAAGAAAAUAUUUCCAAUUCCUGGAGCUCGAACACUCUGCAGGACAUCGAGUCGAAAAAUUCAAUAUCAUGGUUUCGUGUUCCAUCUCACCGAUAUCGGCGCUCACUGCAGUAGCAUCUGUCUUGGUCAUGGCAACAACAACCAGCGAGGCUUUUUCUUCCCAGAAACUGACAACGGUGCCAAGGACGGUUCCCCGCUUUAUGAGCACAACCGAGGAAGGAAAAACGCAAAUAACUGCCGAAUCGUCGUCGCAACCGAACUUUGACGCCACAAACGAUCUUCCCUCGAUUCCCUUUCUGACCAAAUCCAUCGAAUCAGAUUGGAAAUCCAACCCGAAUUCUGGAGAUGUUGCCAUCUUAGGAGAAGACGCCGGCGUCUUUGACAUCCAAAAGGAAGAAUGGGGAGAACUUGGCGAACGGGGAUGGUUCACCUUCAGUGCUGCUGUUGCCACGAUCAUGACUGCUGUCGUCGUCCUUUGGGUCUAUCCGGCCACAGGGUAUUCCGACGACUUUCUGCAUUGGAUCGAGGGUUUUACGGGUGGGAAUCCCCACCUGGUGACUCUCUUCUUUGGGAUUCUCUUCCCAAUCGUCCACAGCGGUUUGGCGUCGGCCCGGCCCUACGGCGAACAAAUCGUCGGCGCUAGGACCUGGCGGGUUAUUUUCGCCUUUCCCAGUCUCUGUCUGGCCUACUCGUGGAUCACCUACUUUAUCAGUCACGCCCACGAUGGUCUUCAGUUCUACGAUCUGAGCCAUAACCCUACGGCCCACACGGUUGCCUGGACGGUCAACUUUCUAUCCUUUUUCUUCUUGUACCCCAGCGUUUUCAAUCUCAAGGAGGUCGCCGCGGUCGAACCGCCCACACUGCACCUGUGGGAGACGGGUAUCAUUCGGAUCACCCGGCAUCCACAGUUCAUUGGACAAUCCAUGUGGAGCGCUGCCCAUCUGGCCAUGGUCGGAACCUCCUUCACGGCGCUGACCAUGGCCCUCUUGGUUGGUCACCACGCCUUUGCCUGCUGGAACGGCGACCGGCGCUACCGCGACAAAUUCGGGGACGAGCUCUGGACGACCGUCGUUAAGGAACGAACCUCCAUUGUUCCCUUCCAGGCCGUUCUGGAGGGGCGACAGGUCCUACCCAAAGACUUUUACAAGGAGUUGCUCCGUGGCCCCUAUUUUGUUAUUGCGGUGGGAACCCUUGGUGCGUACCUAGCCCAUCCCUAUAUGCAGGGGGGCGCGGCACUCGCGAAGAAUACCGGGUGGGUACCCGGUGGGAUUAUUGGAUGAGAACAGAAUAGAAGGUAUGAGAAAUAUCGUACAGAGGGAGAGAAAUGAAUGAAAGUAAUGGAUUGGAACAUGACAAAAUAAUGGCCCUAUCUUUCACGGUUCUUCGUCAUUAUGCUUGCAAUGUAGACUUAGCACAACCGACGCAGAGCAGGUGUAACUUUCUUGUACACUCCGUGCUUCCGUUUCUAGUUACAAUAUUCACGCAAAAGAAAAAAAAACUGACAGACUGAAAUAAUCCAUAGCUAUGAUC